AUGCCAAUUAAAAUAUGUUCGUUUCAAAUUCUUCAUAUCAUUGAUCAGAAGUUUACCGAUUUUGAAGAUGUGAUCAAAAAGUAUGUACGUGGUGAGGGGCCUAAAAUUGACAUGAUAUUGAAAGACUAUAUGGAAAAACCAGAAAUUUCUUUAUUUGCUGUCUGCAAUAUAGCAGGACAGGAAGAGAAAUUUAUUCAAAAUCACAAAGAACAUUGGAUUACAUUUAUUAUAACAGAAAUUAAUGGAAAGUUUUUCGUAUUUUUUAAAGAUUCAUUCGAAUCUAAAGAAUACAUUCAUGAAAAAUUAGCUUUACGAAAAUAUAUCGAAGAAAAAUUAUCCAAAGAUUCAUCGAUCAACUUCGUUGAACAUUCUAAUAGAGAAGAAUGUACAAUUCACGGUAGUGAUAUUUCUAUUGCUUUAAAUAAUUUGAACAUCAUAUUGGAACGUUUCAAUUCUGGAAACAAAGAAAAUUUUGAAAAAUUAUUUCAAGAGACAAUAUUUUAUAGUUCGAAUAAUAUUUCAAUUGAUUUCGAUCGAUUAAUUGUAAACAUAGGACUUAGCAAUCGGUUUAGAUUUCGAUUGAAACCUGCAUUACAGAAAAUUCUCUCUGCUUUACAACGAGUAACCGAAAAAGAUAAAAGAAAUAAACUAGAACAUGGACAAUUGACAAAGUUAAUCGAAACAUUAGAAAAUAAUAAUUUUUUACCUAGAGAACAAGAUGAAAUAGAUUUAAGAGUUAUUGUUAUUGAUUUGAUCAUAGUUUUGAUUGAAAGAGGACAAAUAUUAGAUGAAAAUAUACAAAAGAAAAUAAAUAAAUAUUUUGUCAAUAAUAAAAAUCAAUAUAUCAAAAAAGUUGAAGAAUUCGAUAAGAUAUUGCGUGAAGAUAGCAGAAAUAGUCAAAUAGCGGGCUGUUUAAGUCUUGCUCUAAAAGAUCUUUUAAAAUUUUUUACUAACAUAGAAAAAUUGAUUCCAAACAGUUUAGAAAUGGAAGAUUUUGAGAUGUUAUUCAAAUUAUUAGGAAACAUCAAUGAACAUAAAACUUUAGAUAUUCAGAGAGUACACUUGGAAAAUGAACUUAGAAGCGUAGUUGAUAGUGAUAAACAAAUGGAUAUCAAAUUUAAAUUGAGUAAUGUUCGACAGCAGCUUGAUUAUUUUGCGAGAAAAUCAGAAAUUUGUAUGACAAUCAAUAUUGAUGAUUUAGUAAUUAUAAUCGGAACAAAAGUAGAACAUUUUGAAUCAACCGAUCGUUGUUAUUUUUCUCAAGAUACUCUUGAUCAUAUUCUACUAGUUGGCAAAACAAUAGAAAACAGAAAUGUAGCCUUAGCUGUAAUUAAAAUAUUGAACUUUAUCGAUUUAUCAAAAUAUACACAAACUGAUGAAGAUCUAGAUAAAGUCUUGUGCAAUAUCGUAUCAAAAAUACCACAGAGUGAAGGAAAGUUCAUUUUAAAUUUAAGCAAGAACUUAGAAUUAGGCAAACAUUCUAGUUUACUUAAAUUUCUACAUGAAAUAUUAAUUGAAAAUGAUGAUAAACAAGUUCGAUAUGAAGCUCUUAAUAUUUUAAAAUCAUGUGAGUUCUAUCCUGAAGAUUUAGAAUACAUAACUAAUGCUAUUGAAAUAGAAGAAAAAUGUACGCAAACUGAUAACAGUAUACUUCACGAUUUAUUACAACGUGUAAAAGUUCGAAAUAAGUUAACAUUGAAUUGUUUUGAACAAUUAACAAAAUAUUUUGAAUUUGAAACAACUUAUGUCAUAAUCAAUGAAAUUGUAGAGCACGGCGUACAACAAUUACCGAAAUCUUUUAUUGAAAAAUCUAUACAAUAUAUUGAAACAAAUUUUGAUAAUAAGAAAUAUCAGUUGAUUAUUGCUAGUUUAUGUAAAUCAUUGCUUAAAGGUCAAUACAUUAGUUUAUCACAAAUUCAAAAUAAUAUAGAAAAAUUCAUCGACGAUGAAAAUCUAAAUGCUGGAGUUUUUGAUCUACUCUCUAUUGAAGUGAGAAAUGAGCAUUCUAUUCCAAUAUCUAUCGUAGACAAACUUAAACAUACAGCAAAACAUAGUGAAUAUGCUGCAAAUUUGAUUAAACUAAUAGAAAAAGAGCAUAGUCCUAUUGAUAUUUUGGAAAAUCCACGAGAAAGCAUAGAAAAUAGAAAAGAAGCGUUGAAAAAUAUAAUGACUAUAGAUCAAAAUUGUACGAUAGCCACCAUUAAAACAUUAGAAUCAGUUAUAAAAUACGAUUUAGAACUUCGAACAUAUUGUUUCAAAGUAUUAGUUGCUAUCUUACCUGAAAAUUAUACAAAAAAAGAUAUAAAAAUUGAUUUCGCUAGUUUAAUGGAAUGUAUUAAUUACGAUCAAAAUAUUAGUUUAGAUGAUAUUCGGAGCUUGGUAAAGAAAGAUGCAAAUGUCGAUCUUUCAUAUAUUUUAACAUUUAUCCUUCAUCGCAUUCAUAUUGAAAGAGACAUAGCAUUGCAUUUGUUAAGUGAGAUUGCCAAUCGUCGCAUAAAAACAGCACUUGACGAAACUCAAUGUAAAUUUUUACUAGCACUAGCUUUUGAUUGUACAGAUUUUGAUUCUCGAGCUAAGAUAAUCAAUAUUCUAGAAACUAUGGUAGAAAAGAACGUAAGAGAUAAGAUGGAAAUUUUAAAAUUCAACUAUGAUGGAAACGAGAUUACAUAUUCAUUGACUGACGAGUUAAAUAAACUACAUAAUUUACAAAAUAUGAUCAUCAAUCAACAGAAUCUAGUGGAAUUAAGCAAAACGAUUGAAAAAGAAGGAUAUAAAAUUGUUGAAGAUCAUAUUAAAUCAUUGAUUGAGGCUUUAGAUGAUGCUAAGAAGAAAGAUUUACGGGAGCAAAUAAUUGAUAUUUUAUUUCAAAUUGAAUUUACACAAGGUUUGACACACACAGAAAGUAGUGCUCUAUUGUAUGCAAUCGAGAAACAUCCAGAAUUGAUUGGUAUUGAUAGUGCAGUAGGCAUUGUUGCUACGAGUUGUACUAAAAAUAUUGAAAUACCAGAUAAAGUACUGCAAAGUCUAUGGCGACAAGUUAGCAAAGAUUUAGAAGAAAAGAAAUUGCGAUACAACUCAAUCUCUAUUUUAAAAGCCAUCGUUACUCAGAAAAAACAGAUCCCUAAACUAGUAUUAGAAACUCUCGUAAACUCGUUGACUUGUCAAGAUUUCGAUCUACAAAAUAGACUUCUUCUCGCAGAUAUUGUGUAUGAUGCAAUCGAAUUAUUGACUGAUGAUUUUCAAUCAUAUCAGCAUGUGAUUGAAAAAUUAAAGAUUAUAGUAUUGCAAACGAAGAAAAAUCGUGAUGAAUAUCGAUUGAAUAAAAUUAUCUUUCGAGCUCUUCAAAGAAGCAUUGAAGAGAACGAUUCAUCACAUGAGCUUCUAUCUAGAUAUUACGACAUAUUUAAAGAAGAUGAAAUCAAUCAUGAACAAUAUUCGAUGAAAGAAUGGAAUCCAUUGAAUAAUUAUAUGAAAAGAAAAUCCCAUGCUUUAGAAAAGUUUCAUUUGAUGAUUGUCAUUGAUCGUAUAGUUUUAAAACAACAGAAAAUUGAUACAAGUAUUUUCAAUGAAUUUCAGGAAACUGAAUGGCGAAAAGAAAUCCUAUGUAGUGAACUAUUAACUGGUAUAUUUUUAGAAGCAAACAAUGCUCAAGGAAUAGAUGAAUUUGAAUUAGAAAAAUUUCGUGAGAACCUAAGUGUAUUUUCUUCCUGUAGGGAUGAAAGUAUAUCAGUAGAAAAUAUUUUACAAGCAUUAAUUGAUAAACAAAAUAUUUAUGAAUUAAAUCUUGAAAUGAUUAACGAUAUAUUAAUGAUGUUGCAAACGAAUAUCGAAGGUUUCAAUAUUCUAAGAAAUGAGAAUAGAAAUAGUUUUUAUAUGGAAUUACGAGAACAAUGGUUAGGCAAACGUCUAGAAUAUUUCGAUAUUGAAUAUAGUGAUACAACCCUAGAGAUAUUCAAUGCAUAUUUACCGUAUAAAAUUGAAAUUAUCGAUGAAGUUUUAAAAAAAAUAAACGAGCAUACGACAAUCGAUGAAUUGAUUAAAUUUUUUAAUUACUUAUUGAAUUGCGGUUUGACAAAAGAAAGUAUCGAAACAUUUUUAACCAAUGAUAUUCCAUAUAGAAAAAGUAUUUCUACAUGGCAACUCAUCUUAACGGAUCGAUUAGUUGGCAUGUUUCUAAUGAAAAAAUUUCCUUCCUAUGGAAAAUAUUUGCAAUAUACUAAAUUUGAAUUUAAUCGAAAUAAUCUCAUUCAAAAUGCUUACAAUCAAGCUAAUUCAAUAUAUUAUUACAAUGUCGAUGAUCUAACUCGAAUAUCAACUGAAUGGAUGAAAGAAUUCGUAUCAAAUUUUAGAAUAACUUCACCAUUAUGCCAUCAAAGUGAUAGAUCUCUAUCGAGUAUUCUAACGAAUGUUUUAAAUGAAUAUCUACGAGAAAAAAAACCGACCAUUUUUUGUCUAAAUAUUUCUAGUAAUCAUUGGGUGAGUGUAGCAUUGAUCAAUAAUAAAGAUAAAGAUAUUGUAUUAUACAAAGAUUCGUUAGGCGAAGAUAGUUAUGUUGACGAACGAGAAGAAUUGAAAGUAUUUUUGAAUGAUAAAAUUGAAAAAAUUGAUUUUAAAUUUCAUAGAUCUUGUGAUCAAUUCAAUAGUUAUGAUUCCGGAGUAUUUGCAUUAGCUAAUAUGAAAAUCAUAGCAACAUAUUUGAAAAAUAAAAAAGAAAGUUUUAUUCAUUAUUUUGAAACUUCUAAAUUUACUUCUCAAAGCCAAGCGACACAUGAUCGUAUAAAUACAUUUCCUAAGAUGUAUGCAUUAAGUUUAUGUCGACCGUUUCGAAAAAAACAAAUACUUGAUUAUCAUUCAGUUGAAUUAAAAUUUAUUGAAGAAAUACUCGAAAAAAAUGUAUUCACAGGAGACAAACUACAAUUAUCGAUUAGCUUGCCGGACAAGGAUAAUUUAAUCGAGAAGAAUUAUCGAUAUUUGUAUGUGAUCGAAGCUAUGAGUGCAGAGAUUGAUUUCAAUCGAACGUCUGAAUUGAAAACAAAAAUUGUUGAAAAUUUAGGAAUAAAAGAAUUAUAUUCAGUAAAAGGAAAUGUAAUGACAAUUAUCGAUGAUAAAUUAACAGCUAUUCAGAAGAAGAAAAAUCAAAAAUUAGAAAUGACAUUAACUGAUAAUGAGAUAGAUGAACUUUUGAAUAAAUUAGGUGUUGAACUUACCGAAUACAAUCGAGAUGUUUUGAAAAAAACCUUGGGAUUCACUAUGAAAAAAUACUUGACUAUUCAAGGUAAAGAAAUAGUGGAGAUUGAAGAUUAUAAAUUAGUUGUUCAUUUACAUAGGAAAUUAAAUAAAAUUCGUGCUAUAGGCUGGCCGAUGAAUUCAGUUAGAAUAUUAUUGGAUUUUAUUAAUUCAGAAGAUGAAUUAAAACAUAUGUUACAUGCGUUAGAUCCUAUAUUUGAAUAUAAUUUGUUUGAAUACGAUCGUAAUGAUAAUGGUGAUAAACUGUUCGAUAUUUUAAAAUCAAAAUCGACAUCGAAAUGGAGAAAAGAAAUUCAUGAAUUAGCUAUUUUUCAAACUUUCAUAGGAAGUAACAAUAAAGCUUUAGAAACAUUGAACACAGAAUUAUAUGAAAUCAAUAAAGAUAAUCAUGUAUCAUUCUUAUGCGACGAUAAAUUAAUCGCUGCUUAUAUGAAUGUUCAACAUGCAUAUAAGGAAAAGUCCAAAUUAUUCGAUAAUUUAAGUUCUAUUGAACAUUGGAAAUCAUCGGAAAUACAGCAAUGGGCUGAAAAAGUAAAAUCGAUGCCGAACGAAGUUAGUCAACAUGAAAAACUAGCAGUCAUAAAACGAGCCAUAGAAAUCACUAGUAAAUUUCCUCCACGUGAAAUACAACUUUUGUCGGUAUUAAUAUUGACGAAUCCUGAAGAACAUACAGGACGUCUUGCACAAAUUAAUACUGGCGAAGGUAAAACAACAAUAGUAGCAAUGCUAGCAGCAGUAAAAGCGCUCGAUGGUCAGCAAGUUGAUGUUAUUACUAGGUC